CCAGAAUACUGCGCACACUGACGCCGACAUGGUCUUUCAGCUGAUACGUCCCGCUCCGCUCACGGAGCAGAAGCGGUCCCGCGAUGGCUGCAUCUACCUUUACCGCGCCAUGAAGUUCAUUGGAUGGCUGCCCCCCAAGCAGGGCGUGCUCCGGUAUGUGUACCUCACCUGGACGCUCAUGACGUUCGUGUGGUGUACCACAUAUCUGCCGCUCGGCUUCCUUGGCAGCUACAUGACGCAGAUCAAGGCCUUCUCCCCGGGCGAAUUUCUCACUUCACUCCAGGUGUGCAUUAAUGCCUACGGCUCCUCGGUGAAAGUGGCAAUCACAUACUCCAUGCUGUGGCGCCUGAUAAAGGCCAAGAACAUAUUGGACCAGCUGGACCUGCGCUGCACCGCCAUGGAGGAGCGCGAAAAGAUCCACCGAGUGGUGGCCCGCAGCAACCACGCCUUUCUCAUCUUCACCUUCGUUUACUGCGGCUAUGCCGGCUCCACCUACCUGAGCUCGGUUCUAAGUGGGCGUCCGCCCUGGCAGCUGUACAAUCCCAUUAUUGAUUGGCAUGACGGCACACUCAAGCUCUGGGUGGCCUCCACCUUGGAGUACAUGGUGAUGUCAGGCGCCGUGCUGCAGGAUCAAUUGUCGGACACCUAUCCGCUGAUCUAUACACUCAUUCUUCGUGCUCACUUGGACAUGCUAAGGGAGCGCAUCCGACGCCUCCGUUCCGACGAGACCUUCAGCGAGGCCGAGAGCUAUGAAGAGCUGGUCAAAUGCGUAAUGGACCACAAGCUGAUUCUAAGAUACUGCGCUAUCAUUAAACCAGUAAUCUCAGGCACCAUCUUCACACAGUUUCUGCUGAUCGGCUUGGUGCUGGGCCUGACGCUGAUCAAUGUGUUCUUCUUCUCAGACAUAUGGACGGGCAUCGCAUCUUUUAUGUUUGUCAUAACCAUUUUGCUGCAGACGUUUCCCUUCUGCUACACAUGCAACCUCAUCAUGGAGGACUGCGAGUCCCUGACCCAUGCCAUUUUCCAGUCCAACUGGGUGGAUGCCAGUCGUCGCUACAAGACAACACUACUGUAUUUUCUUCAAAAUGUGCAGCAGCCUAUCGUUUUCAUUGCCGGCGGCAUCUUUCAGAUAUCCAUGAGCAGCAACAUAAGUGUGGCAAAAUUUGCUUUCUCCGUGAUAACCAUUACCAAGCAAAUGAAUAUAGCUGACAAAUUUAAGACGGACUAAGGUGCUACACUUUUGUAUCCUUUAUUGAACCCUCGUUCUUCCCCAAAUCGCGACCCCCAUAAACAAUAUAUUUCCAGCAUAUGCUUACGCUUACACUGGCUUCUAUAUUGGUUCUUUAGUUUUGCUUCAAAUAAAGAUUUGUAUUAGGGAAGUGUUUAUUGUGAUACCUACGCUGUGCAAGUUUCCACGGCCUCGCUUAUGCCGCAGGUCGCCAAAAACUGCCACGGAUACACUUUCUAUAGAUUUCCAUAAAAAUAUUUUGAAUACGCCCACUCAUAUGCCAUGUCAUGACAACAAAUUUGUAAAGUGCUACCUUUUGUAUCAUAGUUUUUGUCCACUUCUAUCGAUACAACAUUCAAAAUAUCUGAGUAUCUCUUGUUUUUCAACUAUUAGUAAAUGAUUUUCGAAUUAGUAAAUAUUGUUAAAAUAAGAUAGGCCUCAAAAUCCAUCCAGCACUUCUUUCGUUGAGUUCAGUACCGUGGAAGUCUGGAAAUUGGUUUAGGCCAAGCGGCCUGCACUUCAGAUUACACGAGCAUGAUUUAUUGCUUCAGAUCAAUUUAGUGUCAGACUAGUGUCAGACAACCUAGUGUCAUUUAAGAUUUCGUAAAAAUCUAAAUGGUAUUUGGCUUAGCAAUGUCGCCAAGAACAAUAAUUUCGUGUAAUCCACAUAAUUUCUUAAAUCCCCAACACCGAAUUAGAUUAAAAAAAUUAUGUUCAA